AGGCGCUGCCGCGCGUGGCGGCGGCGCUGCGAAGCACUGCGCGUGCGCGAAGUGGCCUGGACUGUGCCAGACCCUCGGCUCCGACGUCUAGUUUCUGCUCUUCCCUCCUCCGGGUACCCUCUGCUGGCGGAGGUAAUUGCGGGUGGAGGGAUCGGAGCAUUCCAUGGCCGGCAGCGGGGGACCAUGACUGAUUACGGGGAGGAGCAGCGCAAUGAGCUCGAGGCCCUGGAGUCCAUUUACCCGGACUCCUUUACAGUGUUAUCAGAAAAUCCAACAAGUUUUACUAUCACUGUGACAUCUGAAGCAGGAGAAAAUGAUGAAACUGUACAGACAACCCUCAAAUUCACAUAUGCAGAGAAUUAUCCAGAUGAAAUCCCACACUAUGAACUGCUUGCACAAGAGAAUCUUGAGGAUAGUGAUGUUGCUGAUAUACUGAAAUUAUUGCAGGAACAGGCAGAAGAGAACCUGGGUAUGGUAAUGAUCUUCACACUAGUAUCAGCUGUGCAAGAGAAAUUAAAUGAAAUAGUUGAUCAGAUAAAAACAAGAAGAGAUGAAGAGAAGAAACAGAAGGAAAAAGAGGCAGAGGAGGCAGAAAAGCAAUGUUUCCAUGGCACCCCUGUCACCAUUGAAAAUUUUCUAAGCUGGAAAGCAAAAUUUGAUGCAGAGCUCUUAGAAAUUAAAAGAAAAAGGAUGAAAGAGGAAGAACAGUCUGGAAAAAAUAAACUCACAGGAAAACAGCUAUUUGAAAGAGAUCAUAAUCUUGAUACAUCUGAUAUUCAGUUCUUGGAAGAAGCUGGAAACAAUGUGGAAGUGGAUGAAUCCUUGUUCCAAGAAAUGGAUGACUUAGAGUUGGAGGAUGAUGAAGAUGAUCCCGACUACAACCCUGUACAUCUAGACAGUGACUAGACUGACAUUUCUACACCAGCUCUGCUAACCUGCUGGUAUGGAGAGACAGCUGCACAGCUUUCGGCUCCUUUAAAAAGACCAAGUUUUACAGGGUCAGAAGACUUCUCUGCUGGCUUUCAUUGCGAAAGUGUGACCUGUUGAGUGUCUCCCUAAUCCUCUAGAAGAAUUGGACUGUGUGGCACAGUUUAAAAUGCACUUCAGGCUCUGAGUGUGUUAUAGUACUAAGCCUUGGUUUAAGGUUGAUGCUUUGGAUGCAAAGCAAAAUAAAGAAAUAAAAUUUGAAUAA